GACCUACCUCCCGUCGUAUCCUUAGCCAGGGCGGUCGGGGCGGGGUGGACCCCAAUGUGUGUGUGUUCAGGUAUGAACCUCGUCCUCUGGGCUGGACUUUGAAAAACGUCAGAGCCUGCACAGCGUGGCAGGCAAAGCGUAGGUUGGAGUGUUUGAGGGGGGCCCUUACUGCGCACCAUGGGGCCAAUGCAUUGAGGGCCCCCACCCAGGCAAGAAAAAAAAAACUAAAGACCAGGGGCUUUUCCAGGAAAAAGAAGAGAAGUUUAAAAAAAAAAGGUAAAAAAAGAAAGCAUCAGAAUGGUUGCAGAGGAAAUUUUGAUUACUCUGUCCGGUGGAGCGCCGUGGGGCUUCCGUCUGCAGGGUGGCGUGGAAAACCACAAACCUCUACAGGUGGCCAAGGUGCGCAGACGUAGCAAGGCGUGCAGAGCCGGAUUGAAAGAGACGGACGAGUUGGUGACCAUCAAUGACCAGCCAUGUGAUGUGUUAUCUCAUGCCCAGGCUAUGAGCCUGAUCGAUGCCUCCCCAAUGAUAUUACACAUCCGUGUUAAAAGAGUACCUGCUGGGUUUCAGUCCGUGGUGCUCAUGACCCGUGCGCCUUCCCCUCGUAUCGACAAGGAGUACCGUGCUUCCCUGUUGACACUGUCACCCAGUGACCUCCACCACGCGCCUGUCCGUGAGGUCCACCGUAGCCGAUCUUCCCUAACUAGCGGCCUCACUUCGCCGCCUGGUAGUGAGGCCUACUACGGUGAGACUGAUAGCGACGCAGAUGUGGCGGGCUACGAGAGGCAACGACGUCAGAAACGACGCAGCCCUAAUUCCAACAAACCGACGGGACGGACCUCUCCUGAGGGAGGGGAGACUUCGGAGAUGAGCGGCUAUGACAGCGCCCCAGAUGCACAGGUUUAUCUGUCAGAAGGACACGGGGGAGGUGGAAACGGAGGGCUGCCCGGGGUGGCGCGAAGGGAAGUGAUUUACCAGCCCCCUGCUCCAGGAUUGUGGUCUUCCUCCCAAACAUCAACCGAGACAUCUUCCAUCAUCUCGUCAGCAGACGACCAGGGGCCCCGGGAUGGAGAGCAGGAGGAAGACUUCAUCGAGAUUGCUAAUGUGCCGCUGGUAUCCCCCGAGAGGGCAAAAGAGGCAAUGAUGCUGAGCUCUCGCAGCCAGCUAGUGCCCAUGGUGGGCCCUGUGAAUAACCCUGUUGACGAGGAACUUACAACCACCUACAUGGAAAAGGCCAAGCAAGCCAAACUUAACCGAGGAGAUACGCCGCAGGACAAGCAUGUAAAGGAAGCCAGAAGCAAAUGUAGAACAAUCGCAUCCCUCCUGACGGACGCUCCUAACCCUCACUCCAAAGGGGUGCUGAUGUUCAAGAAAAGGCGGCAGCGCUCCAAGAAGUAUACCCUCACGAGCUUUGGUAGUGUGGAUGAGGAUCAGUCCCUGGACUCACAAGAAGAAGAAGAAGAUGGUGUGUUGCCUGGCAGUGAGUCGGAAUUUGAGGAAGAGGGCUUUUCAGCCGCUCCUGAUCCAACCUGGGAUAGUGACUACUUGGAUAUGCUAGAGAAAAGGGCAACUGCGGGUGUGGAGGGCCGAGGGGAUGGGGAGGAGGAUGCUCCAAGUCCGGGCUUGAAUGCCACUACGGGGAAGGGUGCCCAGUUGUUUGAACAGCAGAGGAAAAGAGCUGCUGAGCAUGCCAAGAAGGUGGAGGCAUCACAGUCUCAGGUGGCCCAGCAGGCUAUCAACGAGCAAGCCCACAUGUUUUAUCCAGACAGUCAAGGGAAUGCAGCCUUACAACAAGAUGUCUACCAAGCCCAAGCGACCUUUAACAUGUCAAAUGGAGAUCUAUCUCAGGCCACAGGUGGAACAGCUCGAAUGGGUAUGCAAGGUGGAGCCCGGCCAGCCAUCGCCUCUGUGGAUAUGUUCAUCGGCACGACGCCACCAGUUGAGACAUCCGUUCCAGAAGCACCUGCCAGUAAUGUUCUCAACAGAACUGCACGUCCUUUCACACCUGGCUUCAUUACUUUGCGGGCCGCAACUGCUCCAGUAGCAUUCAAUCCAUCUGUCACAAAGACACACCAUCGACCUACCUCAGCAGCUGCCUUUCCACCGCAAUUUUCCACUGUCCCAGGGCAGGCUAUUAAUUCUACAUCAGUUAUGUUACAGCUGUCACCUGGUCCUCAAGUCUCUUCUAAACCUUCUGUAACUCGCACAGCGGAGGCUUCUGUCAUCCUAAGCCCUUCGGCCAGUUCCUCUUUUAUAGAGACAGCACACACACCGCAACAGAUGACUGCUGCUUAUCCAGUUCAACAUGUAAAUGUGCAUCGAAUGCCUCCAACUCCACCACAGCCCACCUUUUCAGCUCCACCACAACCAAUGGUUUCAGCUUUACCGCAGUUCAAAGUUUCAGCUCCUAUUCCUCCCGUAUCUCAAAUUCCUGCUCCAAUUCAACGAGUUGCACUGGGUCCACCAGUUUUGCCAGGAGCACCUUCAUGCCCAACUCAAAUUCCCAUGACACCUGUAGCACCAGUGUCCAUGGUCUCCCACCCAGAAGUGAUGCCUCCAACCCCUGUUGCUGGUUUCGGAGGUCGUUCCGGAAUUUUACUUGAGGCUCGACGCCGUAGUGGAAAACCUAAACCUAUGUUCCAUGUACCAGAAGUCAAGAAGAGUUCACCCAAUCCUGAGCUGUUGUCCAUGGUGCAGAAUUUUGAUGAGAGGGCGACACAACCUAAGCAUAUCCAACCAUUCUCUGAAGAUUUUUAUGGCUAUGCGCAGGAAGGAGGAAGUGAGACGGUCAGCAAAGGGAAGAUGCCUCCUCCCCCAGUGGCACCAAAGCCUCGGGUUCUGCAGGAGGCCCCGCAGAUCAUUCAAGCGGGAGGAAAGGGGGCUCAGCUCUUUGCCCGCAGACAGAACCGCAUGGGUAUGUAUGUAGUGGAUGCGGCUCCACAGACCCAUUACCAACAGGAAGUGUCCUUUCAUGGCCCUACGCAACCCCUCAACUCCUCCUCCAACCCCUCCAUUCCCUCUCAGUGGAAAUACUCCUCCAACGUGCAUGCCCCUCCACCCAUUGGGUAUAAUCCACUCCUUGCCCCUUCUAUCCCCACAGGGCCUCAGAAGAACACAGCCAAGACGGCUAGUAAGAGUAAAGGUGGCUCCCAGCGUGAGGGCAUCCAAGCUCUGGAUUUCAUGAGAAGGCAGCCCUACCAGCUCAACUCUGCCAUGUUCAGUGGAAGUGCUGCUAACCCUUCUCAGCACAAUCAGAGACAAGGACAUUAUACUGCAAUGGUGGGCAGCUCCUUGGUUUCACCGAAGCAGAUACCCAUAAAAACAGCUCGUACCUAUGAGAUCAAGAGAUUCUCAACACCAACGCCUAUGUCUGCUCCCACUUUGGUUCCCAAAGUCCUUGCACCUCGCUCAGCCACCAGCCUCGGAGAGCGCAUAAAUCACUCUGAUGUGACCAGUCCACCUCCUGGUCUGGCUUUUUCAACCCCAGAUGCCAACUUGGCACAAGCUCCAUUCAGAGAGUCAGCUUCAUUCUCCUCCCAAAUCGGUGGAUUGCCCGGCCUUCCAAAAUUAUCUGCCAUGCCGCCUCCGAACCCUGUGCCCGGUGUAGCAACACAUUAUAGCCCAGUGUCUUACAACACUGGCCUCCAGGCAGCCAAGCAGUUCCAGAGUGCUCCAGAGCUUAGUUUUCUGUCUUCAUUGCCCCCGCUCAAGUCCACCCCAAUUCAGGCACCCAAACCGCGUUUUGUUGCUACCAAGGGGGGUGUUCAGCCUCAUGUGUGGCGACCCGGGGCAAUAUAAACAACUGGAAACUCGCCACUACCGCACUGAAUCCAAGUGUGCCGGUCACUCAUUCGUCCUUGUAAUUGUCUUUGCUGCUAGUGCUGGUUUGCUUGUUUUCCCAAAGAAUCAGGCAAGCAUCACAUGAAUAGAUUUCCGGUUGCUUGGUGUAAAGCAGGGGUCCCCAAACUUUUUCCUGUGAGGGCCACAUAACCUUUCCCUUCUCUGAUGGCGGGCCGGUGGCAGUUUGUAACAGAAAAAGUGUGACGAUCGUAGGGGAGCUUAAAAAAAUUAUUGUUUUCCAGAAAGCCACACAUAACCAAAUAACGGUUAUUUAAUAACCCUUUCCAGGUUCUUUACAGAAAAAAAGUCAGGAAACAAAUAAUAACACUAUUAAUGAAAUAAAUAAUAACUAAACCCUCUCUGAGUUCUUCACAGAAAAAACAGGAAAUAAAUAACUAAAUAACUCUCUCUGGGUUCUUCAUAGAAAAAAAACCAUGGAACAUUAACUUUCUGUUGUGCCAUGCACAAUCUUAACAGAUAAAAGUUCAGCUCAGUUGUCAGAGCAGAACCUCUCUGACACAUAUGAGCAGUCUCUUAAAGUUCUUGUGUUCCUUCCUUAUAAUCCUUUUGUAGGUUCCAGUAGGCUUGUAGAUACUGCUGUCUUUUUUGUUAAAGUUUGAUAGUGCGUCAUAGUCUGGAGUAAAAUUUGUUGUGGCAAUUCUUAGGCGAGAUCCGAGGUGUUGGUCCGUUUACCUCGAUCUGUGACGGGUAGAUGUUGACGUUCAUGUGGCUGAACGUCACGUCGCGUACGUCGAGCCAAAUUGGCAACUCUUUUAAACGCUCGGCACUGUUCACCCUGCUUUACUUGGGCGACAUUUUAACGGAAGGAUUCCAGGGGAAGGUUUGUGGGUGGCUUUAGCGCAAAACUGCAUCUGAAAGCUCAGCGCGCAAAUUACAAGAAUGCUGUCGUCACAGCCCACGCUCUAAAUUCGGGACUGAUACAAAUAGAGCGCGAGUGCGCCAUGUCCGUACACGCACUUGUGAGUGUGCACCGAGCUUUCUGACACGGCUUCCGGUAGUAAAUGCGCAGGCGAGCGCUUCCCCAUCUACUGGGGAAACGCAGUCAUUGCAGGCAAAAUGAGCAAAAAAAAAAAAAAAAAGGUUUAAUAAUACAAUUUAUUCAGGGUUGGCGGGCCGGAUUAAACGGUCCCGCGGGCCGUAUCCGGCCCGCGGGCCGUAGUUUGGUGACCCCUGGUGUAAAGGGAUGUCGCCCCGCAUAAACAAGCAACUCUAAACAUUAUAAUAUAUUAAGCUCAAGCUUCUAGACAGAAACAUGUUCAUCACUUUAAUGUUGCUGCUUACGUCUUUAGAUUAGUUACCAUACUAACACACUGUAUACUGCAAAGCAAACCAUAAUUUCAAAUGUAUACAAUAACAUUAAAUGUCAAUUAAUAUUUGUAAAACCACAAUGGUUGAUUACUCUUUUGGCACUCCAGCAUGUGCACUUAUGUACUUCACAUCACAUUAUAUUAGUCGUGUUAAGCUUCCUAAUACAACAAUGACACAGCUGCUAAGUGUGGUCUUGACAGAUGUGUUAGUCAUAUCUUUUAUUUUAUUAAAUACAUAACAGAGAUGAACAAGUGUGUGUUUUAUUGAUUCUAUAUGAAGUUGUGCAAGGGAAAGAUGAUUUAUAGUGAGUAUUAAUAAAAGCGUUUGAUGAUAUGAGAGAGGCUGUGGAGAGGUGGAAAUGAUCGGUAGGAUAAUAAUAGGACAGACGUGAAUGUGGUCAAUGGUCAAAAAUACACAUGAAUGAUUUGAUCGUAUUUUUGUUUGUACGUAAGAUUCAAAGUUGUUUAAGUCGUGAACACCCACAGCAUGAAGAUGUUAACAGAGGAGGUUGUCAAGAUGACAAAAAGUCAAUGCACUGACAUGUUUUUUUUGUUUUUGUUUUUUUACUGCAAUAAGAAAAAAAAAAGAGAUGAGAGAUUAGAGGUUCUAAUUUGUUUUCUACUGUACGGAUGAUCUCAAGGGUGCAAAAUCACAUUUGUGGAUAUUAUGGUGUAACGUAUGACAAUUACAAAUGUGUCAGGAUGUUAACAAUGAGUGAAGAUGUUUAUAUUUACAAUAAAAUGAGACAUUUUUAGAUGAAUAAAAUGACAUCUGAAACGCA